AUGGAUGUUCUAACGACGUUAUUUCUUAUUGUUUGGUUUAUAUAUGGUAAUAAUAUAAUAUAUCGUUAUCGUUUGCCUCGUUUUGAACAAACAACUGAAGAUCCCGAACAUUGGUGUACAAAAAAUGUUUAUCUUUUAACUAUGAUAAGUGUCGCUUACACAUAUGCACUUGUUACAUUAAUAAUAUUAAUUGUUCUUAUUGUUGUAUGUACUGUUCAUAUUCAACAUCGUCGUCGUGCCAUCCAAGAGGCUGAUGAUGCCGAAUGUACAUGA